ACUGACUUUAUCCAUGCGUUAGCCAGCCAGUCUGAGAUUCACAUUCUUGGUCUUAUUGAGACUUGGAUUCGUCCUGAAGACUCAGCCACACCCGCUGCUCUCUCCACAAACUACUCCUCUCACACUCCCCGCCAAACUGGAAGAGGAGGAGGCACAGGUUUGCUUAUGUAACGAGUUAUAAUAAAUACAAUACAAGUUUAAUGUAUUGUUGCUUUUUCACUAAAAUCCUUAUUAUUUUAUUACUGAUGUAUUUCCGUUUUUCUCUGAGCAAUAUAUGUUGAUCUUUACGAUUUAUUCUCCAGAGACUUUUAUUUUGAUAUUUUCUUCUGCCGCUGUUGUGGUGCCAUUUUGAAGUGUGUGCGCGCCUCUCUUCAGUUUGCAUUGCAUGCGGUGGAGAGAGGUGAUGUAAUGAUGAGAUCUUCACAAGCAGUUUGUCAUCUUUGUUGAUGUUGAUUCACAGGUAUUCCACAUCUUUCAAUGUUAUGUGUAUUAUUUUUGAUUGUUAAUGGAGUUUGCAUUGCAUGCGGUGGAGAGAGGUGAUGUAAUGAUGAGAUCUUCACAAGCAGUUUGUCAUCUUUGUUGAUGUUGAUUCACAGAUGGUGAUCAGUCCAUGUUGGGUGUGAGCGACUAUUAAUAAACAUCCCUGGUUUGGUGAACCGCAGUAACAGUGUCCUGGUCCUUCUAUUACACAACGCAGAGACAGUAGCGUAACAGCGGUCAGUUGCAGACCGGUUACAUUGGUGCCGUGACCCGGAUCAGAAGAUUUGCUUCAGGAUCAAUGUCAGUUGGGUCGCCGAGGGACGCUGCAUUGAGGUUCAGUUUUGUUGAUAAAAGAACUGUGAGAAUACAACGGACAUUUGAUAUUUCUUAAAUCGAAUUAUGCAUUUUCCCAUUUAAGUGAUUUAUUUUUCUCACGUUUUCUGAUAUUUUGCAAUUGUUUAUUCUGUUUGAAAAUUAAUCUUAAAGCGUAAACAUGGCAUUUAGUUUAAAAGAUGAUGAAGUUGAUGCUUAUGAGACAAUUACGGGGUUAGGUCUUGGGAGGGGAAGAUUUUUUAGUGAAACCCCAAUUGUGAGACAGCGUAAUGUGAACAGAACACCUCCUGUGUUAAGCUCCACGCGUGUGACUGAUCAUGAUACUGUGCCCUUAGCUGUUCCAGACAUAGCAGAUCCAAAUUGGCAAGGUUUGAUAGCACAUAUUGCUCAACAAGUGGGGCAAACCAUGUUAGCAUCUCAAAAAGAGGCUAGUUAUGGUGGAGGAGAGAAAAAGGGUGCACAGACACAGGGGUUAGGUACCAGUUAGACAUUCUCAGACAUCCCUUCACUUAACUUGACUGGAGUGAGAUUGGUUGUGCAAAGUGAAGCAAAAGAGCCCCCAGUCUACCGUGGUGAUGCAUCAGACAAGCUUGGUGUGCGUGAGUGGGAGGAGCUGAUGGACACAUAUUUGAGAAAGAGAGGAAUACCAUUAGCAGAGCAGCAUCAAGAGAUUAUAAGCAGAUUGAUGGGCAAAGCUAAAGAUGUCGUCAAAGUCACUCUUCGCUGUAAUCCAGCUUUGAACCCAGUUGAAAACCCAAGGGUUAUCAUCGACAUCCUGAAACAACAUUUUAGCGAUGUUAAUUACUCAUGUAUGCCCUUGGCUGAUUUCUAUGGAACUGUGCCAUUAGCAGGAGAGGAUCCUGUCGAGUACUGGGUGCGUUUGAACAAAGCAGUGGAUUUUGCAGAGGAAGCUUUAAAGAGACUUGGGCGACGAAUGGAAGAUCCAUGCCAAGAAGCUGCAAUGAUGUUCGUGAAAUACUGCCCUGAUUCCACUCUUGCUGCAGUUUUCCGUUUCAAAGCUCCAGAAAAGUGGACCGCACAGGAAAUCCAAGAACAGCUUGACCGGUACCACACAGAGUUAAAAGAGCAGAUGUCAGUCAAGCCAAAGCGUCACCCUGUUACAAGACAUGUCACCGCUCACGUUCAGACAUUCAAUGAGGAUGAACAGGAUGUUGACUCUCCAGAGCUAGGUGAGUGCAGCAGAGCCAGUAAUGCACACACUGUACAGGAUGACAAUUGUAUGAGAACUCUGAUUAAUCUCCUUGAUCGUGCACUCGCUCAAAAUGCCCAAAUGCCAUCCCGCCAGCCCCAAAGCAAGCUCUGUAGAGUAUGCCAAUCUCAUGAUCACUCUACCGUAACACAUUGUCGACGAGAACAUCUGUGUUUUGCAUGCUUUCAGCCUGGACACAGUAAGAGGGAUUGUACAAGUGACAGGUCCAGACCUGGUCCAGCACAAUUCCGGGGUCCAUUAGGUUUAAACUAG